UACCUCUUCACCAUAUGUUACUGCGUUCAGUCAGACAAGCAAGGCGCGUAUGGUGUCGUUCUCUGAAUGUCCCUUUGCAAUACUCGACGUCUCGAGCGACAGUUGAAACCGACAAGUACGGUAUACCACUUACGCCCACCUGGUCCGUCCAGGAAUUAUUGUCUUCUUAUCCAGCUCCGUCGAUAUCACCAGCCACAUUCAAACGAUUGCAUGAGCUGUCUGCAUUAUUACCACCCGAAGAGGGUACACCGGAAUAUGUAAAGCUAAAGCACGAACUCGAGGAGUUGAUUAAGCUUGUGGAGGCCACGAAGCUGAUCAAAGUAGAGGAAACAGGCAAUGUAGGCAUCCCAGACGGGCGGGUAAUAGCAGAAGGGUGUGGGAUACCGCUCGACAGAACACCACGCGAGGACGGAGAUGUGAGAGGCCGGGAUCUACUCUCAUAUGCGAGCCGUAGCGCGAGUGGGAUUACUGUAGUCGCGCCCCCGGUAAUGGUUUUGCACCAUUAAUGUAUAAUCAGGACUAAACCAACUUGUAAUGAGCAUCAAUCCCGUCGCAAAAAA